AUGGCAGAUUUGCCGUCCGCACCAAAUGCUUAUUUAAAGCAAACCUCAUCGGAUGUAAAAUUAACAGCCUAUAAAACGUUUGUUCUGCCUAUAUUAGAGUAUGCGUCCGUUGUCUGGGACCCGUUUACUAAAACGAACAUAAAUUUACUUGAAUCCAUACAGAGAAAAGGCUUGCGUUUCAUAUACAACCAUUACUGUAGGGUCGAUGUAUUUAAGUUCUCAUUUUUUCCAAGGAACAUUCAUGAUUGGAAUGCCCUACCCAGUCAUAUAAUAAAUGCUUCAUCUGAGUCAUCACUCAUUGCUAACCUUCGCAGUUUCUGUAACUCCUGCGAUUGACGGUAUUUCUUGUAGGUUGUUUUGUUGUU